GUGCGUGCUUCGUUUCUUGCCUCCUCGUUGUAUCCUUGUCAUCUUAUUCUUUCACAGAUUUCAAAGUCAACUCAUGAGAAGAUGAUCUCCUCCACCUUCGUCCUCCUCAACAACCAGCCUUCCAGCACCCUGUUUCUGCCUUUACCCCUUUCUCUCCCAUAAGAUCAUCUUCGCCAUAUCAUCUCCAGAUGUCCUGUUGACUGACCACUCAAUACCAACCACCGCAUUUGGCCAUGGCUCGUUGGUCUAGGGCCACCCGCUUCUUUCUCUUUUAUGCCGUCUUCUUCUAUGUAUCCUUCGUCGCUCUUGCUGCUGCGGCGUCCUCCGGCCGGCCGAGGGCUUUUGUCCUUCCCGUCGUAAAAGACGGCGCCAGCCAACAGUACGUCACCACAUUGCAGCACAAAAGGCCCCUCAAAUCUGAAAAAUUCGUCGUCGACCUCGGCUCCGCCUUCCUUUGGGUAGACUGUCAGACGGACUACACUUCGACCACCUUCCGCCCCAUCCGCUGCGGCGCCCGGGCCUGCGCUGCUGCUGGCGCGCUUGGUUGCACCGAAUGCUUCGGACCCCGCAAACCCGGCUGUAACAACAACACUUGCAGCGGCAUCCCCUUCAACCCCUUCACCAGACUCUCCAUGAGCGGCGACCUUUCCGACGACGUGCUCGUUCUCCGUUCCACGGACGGCAGGAGCGCCGGGCGGCUGGCCACCGUGCCCCAUUUUGUUUUCAUGUGCGCCCCUUCAGAGCUCGUCUCCGGCCUCGCUGCUGGCAGCCGCGGCAUGCUCGGACUGGGCCGCACCGGGGUCGUCGCGCCGACACAAUUGGCGACUGCGUUCCACUUCAGGAAGAAGUUCGCUCUCUGUUUGUCGUCGUCGGGGUCGUCUCCGGGCGUCAUAUUCUUCGGCGACGGUCCGUACGUCUUGCUCCCGGGAGUGGACGUGUCGAAGCCGAUCGGUUACACUAAGCUCCUGAUCAAUCCAGUUAGCACCGCUGGGUCUUACUUCUCAGGGCAGCGAUCCGUCGAGUACUUCGUGAAAGUGACCUCCAUUAAAGUGAACGGAAACGUGGUUCCGGUGAACGCGACACUGCUCGACAUACACAAGGGAAAUGGCGGGACGAAAAUCAGCACGGUGGAUGCGUACACAAAGCUCGAGAGUUCGGUGUAUAGGGAGGUUGAGGCUGCGUUUGUGAGGGAAGCGGCGGCCAUGGGCAUCAAGAGAGUGGCAGCGGUGAAGCCGUUCGGAGCGUGCUUCAGCACCAGUAACGUGGGAAGCACACGCGUGGGCGUGGCUGUGCCGGAGAUUGAGCUGUCUCUUGCGGGGGCUUCGGCAGGGUGGAAGGUCUUUGGCGCCAACUCCAUGGUGAUCGUGAAGAAAGCGGUGAUGUGCUUGGGGUUCGUCGAUGGAGGGAAGGACGCCAGGACGACCAUCGUCAUCGGCGGGUACCAGUUGGAGAACAGCCUCCUACAGUUCGAUCUACAGAAUUCGAAAAUGGGGUUCAGCUCUUCUCUUCUGUUCUGGCAGACCACUUGCUCCAACUUCAAUUUCACUUCCUCCUCUGCUAACUAUACGUGCGGCUACUCUUCCACCACCUUUUGCCGCGUCCCCUACGGUGCCCCGGCCUGCGCUACCGCCGGCGAGUUUGGUUGCGCCACCGAAUGCCUUGACCCUCGCAGACCCGGCUGCAACAGCACCUGCAGCGGCUUCCCCUUCACCAGGCUCUCCAUGAGCGGCAACCUUUCCGACGACGUGCUCGUUCUCCGGUCCACAGACGGCAGGAGCACCAGGCAGCUGGCCACCGUGCCCCAUUUUGUUUUCAUGUGCGCCCCUUCAGAGCUUGUCUCCGGCCUUGCUGCUGGCAGCCGCGGCAUGCUCGGACUGGGCCGCACCGGGGUCGCCGCGCCGACACAAUUGGCGACUGCGUUCCGCUUCACGAAGAAGUUCGUCGUCUGUUUGCUGUCGUCGGAGUCGUCUAAUCCGGUCGUCAUAUUCUUCGGGGACAGUCCCUACGUCUUGCUCCCGGGCGUGGACGUGUCAGAGCCGGUCGCGUACACAAAGCUCCGGAUCAAUCCGAUUAGCACCGCCGGGUCUUUUAUUUCUGGGCAGCAAUCAGUAGAGUACUUCGUGAAGAUGACCGCCAUUAAAGUGAACGGAAAAGUGGUUCCCGUGAAUGCGACGCUGCUCGACACACAGGGGAAAGGCGGUACGAAAAUCAGCACGGUGAACGCUUACACGAAGCUCGAGAGCUCGGUGUACAAGGCAGUGGAGGCGGCGUUUACGAGGGAAGCGGCGGCCAUGGGCAUCAAAAGAGUGGCGGUGGUGAAGCCAUUCGGGGCGUGCUUCAGCACCAGAAAUGUGGGGAGCACCCGCGUGGGAGUGGUUGUACCGGAGAUUGAGUUGUCUUUCGCGGGGGCUCGGGCAAGGUGGAAGGUCUUCGACUCCAACUCCAUGGUGUUCAUGAAGAGUGAGGUGAUGUGCUUGGGGUUCGUCGAUGGAGGGGAGAACCCCGAGACGACCAUCGUCAUCGGCGGGUACCAGUUGGAGAACAAUCUCCUGCAGUUCGAUCUGCAGAACUCAAAGAUGGGUUUCAGCUCUUCUCUUCUGCUCCGGCAGACCACCUGCUCCAACUUCAAUUUCACCUCCUCUGCUAAUUAGAGAGCAGCCAUGACUCUUUCCGCCAUAACUUUCGCCUUGUGCCUUUCUGCUAUCUUUUAAAUAACUGAGCCUUGCCCCUUCCGCAGGUUCUGUCUGGUUUAUCCGAAUGUCUUUCGUUUUCUCUUUCCAGAUCGGUGAAUCCCUCGUGUCCUGAUUGUUUGUUUGAUAUGAAAAUUGGCUUGGAAUUAAUUAA